AUGGUGAAAGAGGGGGCUAAGGUGCUGAUUAUGGGCACUGGCAAAGCUUCUCAAUUCCACAACUCCAUCGCCCAAAAGUUCGGUACAAACAUACUCGGCGCCACCUCACCCAACAAGUCGGGCCAGACCUUCCUCGGCAAACCGGUCUUCCCUUCCCUCCGCGAGGCCCAAUCAGAGCUCAAGCCAGAUGUCGUCUCGGUGUUCGUACCUGCCAAGCUCGCGGCUGACGCUGUAAUCGAGUGUAUCGAGGCGGAAGUGCCGCUGAUUGUGGCGUAUGCGGAAGGUGUACCGACCCAGGAUCAGCUGCGGAUUCAGUCUGUUCUGCGCAGCCAGGGCAAGUCUAGGCUUAUCGGCGCCAACUGUCCCGGUAUGAUCAUCCCGCACGCCAAGGUCAAGCUGGGCAUCCAACCAUUAGCGGUCCACUCGCCUGGAUGCGUCGGUCUCGCAUCUCGGUCCGGUACCAUCUCUUACGAGCUCGCCGCCCAAACAACCGCCCUCGGCCUCGGCCAAUCGAUCGUGUUCGGUCUCGGCGGUGACCCCUUCCCCGGUACCCGCACACACGAGGCCCUCUCGCUCAUGCUCGCCGACCCGCACUCCAAGGUCAUCUGCGUGAUAGGCGAGGUCGGUGGUCAGAUGGAGGAGGAGGUGGCGGAGGUGUAUAAGAAGUAUCUCGCCUCACUGGCGUCAGGCGAACAGGCCAAGCCGGUCGUCGGUUUCGUAGCGGGUCUCAAUACGGAGAGGGGGUUGAUGUAUGGUCACGCAGGGGCGGUGUGGUGGGAUGAGACAGAGACAGCGAGGAGUAAGAAGCAGUGCUGGGCAGAUGCGGGGAUCAGGGUGGUCGAGACCCUUGGGGAGGUGGGUGGGGUCCUCAUGGAGGAGGCGAAGCGUGUCGGCGCAGCAUGA